UCUAUAUCGCUAGCCUACAACAAAACUGAUGUUGCUGUUGAUAUUUGAACAUGGCGGGGGGUUCAGUAUCGGUAUGCACGGAGUGUUUGUUUAAGGUUUUGGUGAUUGGAGAGAGGGGUGUUGGAAAAACGAGCUUUAUAACGCGGUACGUUAACAUGCGGUUCAAGGAGGAGUACAAGGCAUCGAUUGGAGUUGACUUUGCGUUGAAAACGAUCGAAUGGGACAAUAAAACAGUGGUGAGACUUCAGCUUUGGGACAUUGCAGGUCAGGAGAGGAUUAGGAACAUGUCCAGAGUAUACUACAAGGAGGCCAUGGGGGCGUUUGUGGUCUUUGACACGACCAAGAUGGAGACAUUAGAGGCUGCCUCACAGUGGAAGCAUGACCUAGAUAGCAAAGUGAGACUGGUCAGUGGAAGCCCUGUCCCUGCUGUCCUGUUAGCCAACAAGUGUGACCAGACAGAGGGAAACAAGGAGCUGUCUGCCCUCAUGGACAACUACUGUAAAGAGAAAGGCUUCCUGGGUUGGUUUGAGACGUCAGCAAAGGACAAUCUCAAUGUUGAUGAGGCAGGAGCCUUCCUAAUGGAGAACAUGCUGCGGAUUGACAGAGGGCUGUCCAGCAGAGACAACGAAAAUGACAGGAUCAACAUGAGCCAGUCCAAGGCAACAUUUAAAUGCUGCUAGUACCACCAUGGAGAUGGGAUGGACUCAGGGGGCAGAGGGAUAGAGGGACUUUAACAGGGAGGGACAGCUGGGUAAACUCAUAAAUAUGUCAUUUCAACCAGCAUUGCCCACUGGAUUAGGUGUCAGGCAUGUCCGUUUAUAUCAUUCUAAUUUCACACCCUCACAUGAUUUCAGCACAUUCCAUCAUCAGUACAUGGGUAUGUGGCAGUAGGCUACAUGGGCUGUAUGUGUGGGGUUUGUAAGAAACAUCUCUAUGGAGAUGAUUGAGCCCAUAUCUUCUGGUAAUCCACUGAUCCAAUCAGCAGGCCAAUAAACCGACCAGCGGGAACACACAGACUGUGAUUCCGUGGCUGUGACACUCCCUUUAAAUGGUCAUAAGACUGACUGACAACACAUUUGAAUUCUAUUUUAUCCUCAUGAAACUCUUGGAUAUCAUUCUUUCCUACUCCCUCCCUUUCCUACCAGAUAGAGGAGAUCUCUAAGACAAGGUUAUUGUCAACAUGGCCCAUUUUCUGGCAUGCUUUCUUGAAGAAAUAUCUGAGAAUGCAACACAAUGCUAGUGCUACACCCUCCGGAGAUGCGUUCUAUAUUGGAGUGUGCUAUAUUCAGUGUAGAGGACCCGUCUCAGUCACGGUCUCUAGACGGAGAAGGUGUGUUUAAAGGAGCAAUCUGCAAUUCAAACCACAACAAAGCGGACACCCCACCACUGUUUUUGUAAUCAAAUCAAACAUUGUUGGUCACGUACACAUGUUUAGCAGAUGUUAUUGCAGGUGUAACGAAAUGCUUGUGUUUCUAGCUCCAACAGUGAAAAAAAUAAGUAAUAUCUAACAAUUUCACAACAAUACACACCGAUCUAAAUUAAGGAAUGUAAUUAAGAAUAGAAUGGCUUUGUGAUGGCCACUCCAAUACCUUGACUUUGUUGUUUCUUCAAUAUAGCCACAUAAUUUUCCGUCCUCAUGAUGCCAUCUAUUUUGUGAAGU